AGUCAGUGCGGUGACUGACUGCCUGCGGUCUCCAGCCAGGACCAGCAAUGGGCAUAACAUGGGGCCACAGCCACCCUGGACCACCAGGAUCUGCCCACAGGUGAGGUGAGUGAUAAGAGGGCACCUGGAGAUGGCAGGGAGAGAUCGACCAGACCUGUAUUAUGAAUGAAGUGCAGGCUAGACUGAGGGUGCUAGGAGUUAGCCAGUUAAGUGCCCUGCCAAUGAACGCAGCCCAAGGGUGCUAGGAGUUAGUCUGCUGUUAUCUCAAUAAAAAAAACUGCUGGUUGGGCUGAGGGUGUUAGGAGUUAGCCAGUUAACUGCUCUACAAUAUCCAUGCAGGCUGAACGUGUUAGGAGUUAGCCAGUUAACUGCUCUACAAUAACCAUGCAGGCUGAACGUGUUAGGAGUUAGCCAGUUAACUGCUCUUCAAUAAACAGCAGCAGGCUGGGGGUGUUAGAACUUCCACAGGAACAGCAGUUAGCUGAUGAUGCUAGGAAUUGGCCAGUUACCGUUCACCCAGUUGAGUGAGAGUGAUGGGAGUUCUUGUGUCAGGACUCAGGAGCACAGACAGGACAUGUCAAGGUUUAGAACAGAACAUGCUCACAAUUCAAAUAUGUACUAGGCCUUGGCACAGAGUUGAUAAAGUUGUAUGUUUGUAUAAUAUAUAAUAUAUAUGUGUGUGUAAUAUUUUAUUAUUUUCAGUAUUGUUAAGCUAUAUUGCCAGCUCUGUCAUGUCAAGCUCAGUUGGAGAAAACUUUUCAAGCCAUGUCAUUCUUGAUUCUGUGAAUAAACCCUUCCUUUUUUUUUUUUUUUAAGUGUCCAAAUAACUUAUUUAGUUUGUCUAGCGUCAUAAUAAUGAAAGGGAAAUAGUGUAGGCCCUUUAAAAGUAUUGUCAUUCUAUAGAGUUGGGAAAACAAUGCAAUUUUGGGCUAUAGUUUGCUAAAUACUUUGUGGUGAAUCGAUGAGUUUGUUCCAGGCUACAAUAACAUUACUUGAAAAAUAGCCGAAUUAGAGGAUUUUCUUUCCAGACUCUGGCUUCCAAUUCAAAUUUUCAAUUCCCUUGUUUGUUUACCACCAUGGCCUAUUUAGUGAAUUUCCCAGACUGUUUAAAAAUAUGCCUUUUUAGUCGUUAUCACGUCCCUAGUAGUCAAAUGGUUAAACCAGAAUUCACAGAACAGUGUUACAUUUUUUUGACCAUCUGAAGGUCUCUUUUGCAACUGCCACAGAUGCAUAUCAAGAAAUUAAUGGGGAGCGACCUGAACCAAAAACUGGGCCCCCUCUAACUCUAACAAACCUUAAGACACUACGACAAUUAAAUGUGUGACAUUUCAAUUUUCACCUUGUCAAAGUGAAUUCAAAGUAAAUUUCAACAUAUAGGUCAAAGGCGCUGAAAGGAAAAGAUUGCUGACUUUGAGAAAUGUUCAAAUUCUGAGUAUUUUAAAAUUCAUUUUGGAUCCUUUGCCGUUUUGUGAAUAAUUCAGUUUAUGCUUUCCUGUAUUUGUUUCAUAUAUAACAGCAUUUAUAUAAAUAAAAAGUUUAGCGGUCACGAACAUUUUUAUCUUCAUUUGUUCGUUUAAAUAGAAAUGACAAUAUAAAUCUUUAUUCCCUUCGGAACAAAAGAUUUAGGUAAAUUUUUAAUAUUGGUACAGACAAAUAUGUAAUUUGUCAUAAUGAGAGUAUUUUUAGAAUUGCCAUUUUGGAUUAAGACACAAUUUUUUUUUUCUCGCUAUUUGAAGGGCCCCUGGCAUUCUGUAUUUCCUGGGUCCCAUGCCGUCUCUGGCCGGUCUGUUCUAACUCUUUUAGUUACACUGUACCGUUGUAAACUAAUGCCUGGAGGGUUACCCAGGUGAUCUGAUAUAGUUGUGAAUUGGCACGCAACUAAAACCACAUUCUUUUAAAAUAUCUUUUUCUAUCAACAUUUUGGUAUACAUGUGAAAAAUAUUAUUUAACCCAUUCUAAUAUGUGGUUUUGUUUCUUUCAUUCGUUUAUCCAUGUGACAAUUUUUUAAAUAAAUGUUGCAGGUUCUUUGAGACGUCUUGCUGCCAUGUUGUCACAAUAUGUUAUGCCUUGAACCCAGGCUGUGACUGUGGAGGCACACGUCUCAUGUAUUCUUUAGGUUAAAUGCUUUUGACUAUAAUUUGCCGCCAAAAUCCUUUGAAUCAGACUCCUAUAUAGACUUUAGUAAAAGUCCUACACAAUGCUAUCUUUAUGAUGUUCUGUAACAAUAGGAGAUUGCUUGCUGCGCAAGAUAAAAGAAGUCUUAAGAUAAUUGCAAAAAAAACAAAACAUUUUUAUAAGUGAUAGCAUAAAGGUGGAAAAACAUUUAGUCUAACUAUCAACUAUUAGCUAGUUAAAGUAACAUCUAGAUGACUAUGAAAGGAAAAUUUUCCAGCACUGUUAAUAAAUAGGUUUAACUGAAAUAUUACUUAUUACAAAUUUGUUUUUGCUAUUUGGAAAAGGAAAGUGUUCUAUGUAUGUAGCAGAAUUUAGUGGCUACUUACUAAAUUGCCAUAUGCAUUUAAAAAACAAAUCUUUAUUAAUAUUAUAUUUUUAAAGACGCUUUAAAAAAAAAAAAGCAUUAAUUUGACUAGAGAGCUGUCCGACAAACUGUUUUAGAAUAUCGGUGACAUUCUAAGCACCAUGCCUUUACUAUACAAACUCAAGUCAGGUCCCUCGAUCCUUUGAGCAAAUUGUUAUAUCAAAUGUGAUUAAGUGAAGAUAGACCAAAGGACUGUGUCUGUUGUUUACCCUAGAGGACCGUGCUAUCUGCAAACAACGAUCACACAAACUAUUUCAAAAGACAAAGGCCCUUUAUCAAGAGGGGCAUGUAAAAAUACAAAAUAACUUUCUACACAGAGUGGUAUGUUGACUGGAGAGUCACACAAAGGGGAAGGUGGUGUUUCAUGGGGCAGGAAGAAAAAAGGGUAGGAAGUGUUUUUAAGAAGGUAGGAGGUUAGAAAGUCACGAGUCCUACAUUUUAUAUAAGGCCUUUGUUGAGUCAUGUAUCAGACCUUUAAGACUCAUAUUAUCAUGCCUCGCACAUUCUAAACCCAUUUUAUAAAAUACCUUGUCCAAUAAAGAUACCUUCUGUACCCUGUGGCUCAACCCAUUCUACUUUUAUGUAGAACCUCCGUGGACAUAUAGUUAUAUUGGUGGCUGGUGACUUUAGUGAUGGGUGCUGGUUAGAUGGUUAACAUUAUGUUACCAGUGCUCCAGUGAAAUUAGGUGAAUGCUUACUGAACUGAUUACUGGAAGGAUAAUUUUGAAAUUGAAUUAAGAACAUGAUAUGAAAAUUAUGCUUUUAUUACUUCUUUGCCAUAGACAUCACAUAUUGAAUAUUGAUGUUUUUUUUUGUCUUACUUCAUUUUCCUCCCUAGAUUUAAGGUGCCUAUAGAAUGAUGGGGUGUCACACCAAAGGAACCCUGAAUCUGCACAUCAAUCCCCCAAUUACCUAAGUUUCUCACCAGGAAUAAAACACGCGUAUCCCCAAAAUGCCAUUUGCUAGGUAAGUGUCCUUAUUGUAAAAUAUCGAUUUUAAGAAAGAUCAUGUUUUUACAGAUUUUCAGAAUGUGGCAUUUGACAGUAAGGAGGAAAUGUUUCCAUACAGGAUAUUUUUCUAAACUUUUAGCUCUGGCAAAUUUGCAUUCUAAUUACAAAAUAUAGGCUAGAAUAGCCGGUAAUAUCUGUAAAUCCGGUAAAAUUGAAUUGUUUUUCCAAUUUGGCUGUUUCAGCUUAAAUUGUAAAAGUCUGUUGUUAACUCACCGUUUAGCGAAUUAACUCCUAAAUAUUUGUGCCUAGUAAUGUCAGCAAAGUGAAUCGACCCAUCUUAGGAACAACCAUACUGAACAUUUGCAGGGUGGUGUUCUAAGAUGGCCAUUGUGAUAUUUAUAGUUUUUCAAUAUCCUCUUUAUUGAAAAAAACAAGAAUACAAAUUAAUAAACGUAUGCAUCUGGAGAAUCAGGGUACAUAGAAACGGGAGAGAUUAGAAUACUUACUCUGGAAAAAAAUUGGUAACAAUCUGAUUACAGACACAAACUGUUUAUAAUAAACAACAGCACACCACUUUAUAUUGCAGUAUUGUCCAUUGUACAACAGGACACAACAGAAGAAUUCAAAAUGUACAAGAUCUCCCUUGAAAGGGAGGUGGAGAUGUUGGGGCUUAAUUCACUAAACACAGUUGUAGUAAAGUGAAAAAUUAAUUGCAAUAUUUGGACUACAGGAGCUAUUGCUGAGCUGUAGAAUUUUUCAAACUCACGUUUCUUUGGCAAAAUCUUGCAAUUUAGUUUAAUCUAAAAGUUGGCUAGAACUUUGUUGCAAGGUGCUCAGUUAGCAAGAUAUUUCUGUUUUUGUACAGUACAGUUUACGAUUUGUAAAACAUCCAAAAUGGUCAAAGAAUUGUCUCCGCUCACUUUCCCCUUUCACAAGACCUCACACCCUACUGAUAAACCAUAUGGAUCCGAAAUGUUGUUUAUGGAAUGCCGUGAGGCCAAAUUACCCAGCAAAGUAUUUCCUGCAACAAACUCUCCAGUAUCCCUUCUAGAGAAAGGAAAUUAGUUUAUUGUGGGAUUUUAAAUGUUGGCUAAUUCUUUGUUAGAAAGCACAAUGAGAGUUUCUGCUUACUGGAUUAAAUCUAGCCCAUGUAGCCUUAUCUAUGACUUAGAUGGUCUGUUUAAAUAGGCUUUAUACACAAACACGUUACUCCUACUUUUUAAUUAUCUCACUGUAGCUUUGUUUUGUAAUAGAGAAAAAGGGUAGGGUCGCACUCAGUCACAACAAUUCAGCCCAGGGUGCUACUGAGCAUGGGUCAGCAAAAACCCCAAGGAAUAUGUACAAAUAGAAAAAUCUCAGGCACUCACUGCGAUUGUUUCCAGGCAGGUUUAUUGCAACGUUUCGACCUGUUAAAGGACCACUAUAGUGCCCUGAUGGUGCCCCCACCCUCAGGGUCCCCCUCCCGCCGGGCUGAAGUUGGAGGAAGGGGUUAAACACUCGCCUUUUUCCAGCGCUGGGCUCACUCGGCGCUAGGACUCUCCUCCCUCUUCUGACGUCCCUGGUUGAAUGCAAAUGCACGGCAAGAUCCACGCCUGCAUUCAGCCAGUCUCAUAGGAAAGCAUUCUCAAUGCUUUUUCUAUGGACGCUGGCGUCUUCUCACUGUAAAAAUCAUAGUGAGAAGCGCGGAAACGCCUCUAGCGGCUGUCAAUGAGACAGCCACUAGAGACUGGAUUUACCCUAAUGUAAACAUAGCAGUUUCUCUGAAACUGCUAUGUUUACAGCACAAAGGGUUAAACCUAGAUGGACCUGGCACCCAGACCACUUCAUUAAGCUGAAGUGGUCUGGGUGCCUAUAGUGGUCCUUUUAAGAUCGGAUUGGAAACUUGAAAUUGGCUCCUGUCUGCUUGUAGACAUAUCACAAUGCUGUAGGUAAUAUUACUGACUGUUAGAACAUAAUCUGAGUGUGAAUCUCAUUAUUAUUGCAUACAUGUUAUUAACUAUAUUACAUUAUUUAAGCUAGAACUGUAUUGGGCUGAGAAAUGCUUUGAGUUUUGAAUGGCUCAACGCAGAGCUUAAAAUUUCUACGUAUCCGGUAGCCAUUGGCGAUUUGAAUAUUCAGCUGUGGCAAGUAGAAAUUCAUCCCUUGUGAGUGGGCUAUGGACCUUCCAGACUGUCAGUGGCAAAUACCUAGUAGACAUGUUAGGAAGCAUCAGACUUGAAAUUGUGAUUCCUGCUCAAUGUAUUAUGCACUAAUGUUUGUUGCCCCAGUAAGCUGUAAUUUCUUUAUAUCCUAAUGCCAACCCCUGGAGAUUGGCUCUGCCUAUUCUCUUAUAAUCACCAUAUUGAAAGUUGCCCAGAUCAAUGUUGUUUGUUUUUUACAGUUCUCGCAACCCAAACCAGUAACAGUAGACUCAUUAUGAUAUUUCAUUAACGUGUUCUGACCACAUCGGCUACCCAGGAACUACAUCUUGUAAUUUUUUUAAAUGUCUUGUGCAUGCUGUAUUUUGUGUUUUUCUUAUAAAAAAAAAAAAAUGAAUAUUUUUUUUUUUUUUUUUUAGAGCAUGUGAAGGAUAUAACUAUGGUUGAACCCAAUGGGAGCACUCUGUUUAUAUGUUUUCUGAUCGUUAACCUUGCCGAGGGUGCAUGUAAGAUUGACAUUUGGAAGAAAUUUGUCGACUGCUCUCGUCUGAAUCUUGAGCAAGUGCCAACAGAUAUCUCUCAUGAUGUUGAGAAACUGGAUCUGUCCUACAACAUACUCACCAAAAUUAAAAAGGAGGAUUUUUAUCAUUUAUCCAAUUUAAGGAUAUUAAACUUGAGCUACAACAAUAUAUCCAGUAUAGACAAUGAUUCUUUAAACACAAAUAUACUUCUGGAAAACCUAAGUUUGUUUAACAACUCUUUGACUGAGAUGCCAUCAGAACUGCUGGAACCUCUUAAGAAUUUGAAAGUCCUUGAUAUGUCCAAUAAUUUCUACAACUCUUCCACUCUUGGGAAUGUGUUUAAAAAAUUGGUGUACCUUAAGAAUUUAUCUUUUGGUGGCCCAAUGAUAAAGACAAUCUUGAAAGAUGACUUUGUACCCAUACAGGACAUUGAACUAGAAAGAUUUGCCUUAAAAACUCAGUCUAGUCUAGAGGGUUAUGAAGUUGGGGCAUUCAGCAUGGUGAAUACGCGUGAUAUAUGGUUUGAUAUUGCAUUGGAUAAGUAUGCAGAUGCUCUUCCUCUCAUCUUAAAAGAUUUGGCUGAGAAAUCCUUUGAGAAUAUGCGUUUCCGAAAUUUGUUCGAGUUCACUUAUUACACAGAAAGCAUGGAUAUUUUCUCUGGCUUAAAAUACAUUCAUGUUGAUUCCCUGACCUUUUACCGAGGGAAGUUCAAUGAGUACCUUCUUUAUCUGGUCUUGAACAACAUUGAGAAGCCAUCUAAUAUCAGUGAUCUCUUAUUGUUGUCUGUAGACUUUGCCCGUUCUCCAAACUCCAACAAGACUGGCGAAAGAAUUGAAAAUCUGUCACUGGAAAACUUGGUCAUUCAGGAUGUUACCAAUCCAGACAUUUUGAGAUUUGAUUGGACUUUUACCUGGUUCAGCAACAUCAGAAAUUUGCACAUCGUCAAUGUUAAUUUUAAUUUUGUCCCAUGCGAUGCUUGGAAUCAUAUGACUAAGUUAGAAAGUCUUAACAUCACUGGAAACCGUCUUUUGGCCAGGUAUCUGUACAAUCCAACCUGCCAACUUUCAUUACCUGCAAUCAAGAUGUUCAAUGCUAGUGACAAUACAAUGACUAGCCUCAGGACAAUUUCUUUGUUAAUGGCCACAUGGUCCAACCUCUCUGUUGUUGAUCUUAGUUUUAACAAUAUUGGGAGCAUCAACGAGUCUUGCAUAUGGCCUUCUAAAAUAACAACUUUUAUUUUACAUGACAACCCAUUGAUCUAUGAUAUUUCUCUGUGCCUGCCCCUUACUCUGGAGUAUUUGGACAUGUCUAAUUCUCAGCUAGAGCGCUUAAAUAUGAAUUAUUUCAACCAAGUCAAUAACCUGCGUGUAUUGAUUCUCCGUAACAAUAAAAUCAAAUUUAUACCCACAGGUUGGAAGAGUUUGAGUCUGGAAGUUUUGGCACUAGAAGGCAAUUCUUUUGGAGUUAUUGAUGGGGGUUCAUUUAAAUAUUUGCCGAGUCUACGAAAUCUAACUGCAGGGAACAACCCAUACUAUUGCAAUUGUGACUUAUAUGCCUUCAUCACAGAGACCCUCUCCGAUAAAAAUAUAUCACUACUUGACUGGCCAGGUUCUUAUUAUUGCUAUCACCCACAGAACCUUGUGGACACCAAAAUUGAGUAUUUUAAUCCUGGAAAAUUACAGUGUGAUGUGGGUUUGGUGGUAGCUAUAUCAGUGGCUGUUACUGCUGUAGUAGUCAUUAUCUGCAUGAUGCUAUGCUGGAAGUAUAAUGUUCCGUGGUACCUGAGAGCCACGUGCCAAAUCAUCCGUUCGAAAUAUCGCUCCAAAAACAGUGAGGACAACAGAGAAUUUGUCUAUCAUGCCUUCAUUUCAUACAGCUAUUUGGAUGCAGAUUGGGUGAGAGAAGUGCUGCUACCUCGUUUGGAGAAUUCUACUCCACCUUACAGGCUGUGCAUACACGAGAGGGACUUUCUUCCUGGAAGAUGGAUUAUUGACAACAUCAUCGACAACAUUGAAAACAGCCGCAAGAUCAUCUUCGUGCUCUCACGCAGCUUUGUCAACAGCGAAUGGUGCAAUUACGAGCUUUACUUUGCCCACCAGAGGAACAUUGGACAUGCGUUUGAAGAUGUCAUCCUGGUGGUUAAGGAGAAUGUCAGCUUGGAGGAUCUCCCAAAACGGUUCUAUAGGCUGAGAAAAAUGCUGAAAGCCAAGACUUAUCUGGAGUGGCCUUCAGACCAGAAACGGCAGCCGUUCUUCUGGGUCCAGCUGAAGUCCAUUCUAGGUGGAGCAAACCAAACUGUUACAGGACAAGAUAAUUUGUCUGUGAUUAGUGAGACAGUUGUGGACAGACAAACAGAUCCUUGCGUGGUUUCCACUGUAACAAACUCCUCUCAAACAUUUCCUGUCAGUUAAAAAGGGCUUUCUGUUCCCUUAGAAUGUUUCUAUGGAUCCAUGCGUUUGCAUUCCGAGUUGCUCAUGUUUUUUUUGGGUUCUUGUAGUGCGAUUGCAUUAUAGAAAGUUUGUACUUUAUGUUAUGUUUUUAUGACUAUUCCAAUAGUACAUUGUAAUUUUAGUUUUUGUACAGGUUUUCUUUACUGUGAAAAAGAGAAAUAGUGACUCGAAUAAGGAUAUAUAGCUUUAAGCUGAUGAAUGUACCCUAAUACAGGGUUACGCUGCUGAGACUCUGCUAAUGUAGAAUUAAACCUCUCCCGCGUUAAAGCUUGGCAUUGAUCGGCUCAGAGCACUGGAGGUUGAUUAGCCAGGAUGUUUCCAGUGUUGUCCGAUGUUGGACGGGCUAAUGUGAAAUUUCUUUUCCUUGUUAGGCAAGUUGCAGCAGAGUGACUACACUUUGUGGCAGAAGAUCCCCGAUUUUUGUCAAGUACCUCGAUAACUGUCUAACACUAAUCAGGGAGAUAGCUCCCGAAGACUUAUUGCUCCAUAAGUACUACAGUGAGCUGCCCCUUUAAAAUAGUUGGUGUAUGAAAGCAAACUCCUUACUUCCACAGCAACAAUAAUGUGCGCUAAAUCAGUAUUAAAGGAACACACCAUAACCACUAUAGAUAGUUGAAGCAUUUAUGGUGCCAGGCGCCCAUCCAUUGUUAGAAGUCAAACUUGGAAAUGGGCAAAUAGGUAAUGGAACAUGGGUCCCUAUUUAGGACUGUCCAGCCAUGGGUCCCUAUUUAGGACUGUCCAGCAGUAAGAUCAGUCUUUGUAUUACCAAUGAAAGUUACUCUUACUGCCCCUAAAAUCACAAGUACUCAAAAAGAGCCCUGCCGUAAAAACCUUAUCCGUUGUUCUGAGAAUCUGGAUUGUGUUUUCUGGUAAAUUCUGUGAGGUCUGCAUUCUUUAAAUUCUCUAAGCAUGCAGGUUUAUUUUAAAAAAAAUGCUUUUUAUAAAAGGUAAACCAGUGCAGGUUUUUUUUUUACUUUUUGGUGGGGUGGGGGUACUGCCAUUUUAGCACUUUUAAUAUUCUGCGCCCUUUAUAUUGAUAGAGGAGGAAAUAUUUGCUAAAUUAGCAUUUUACACAAAUUCAUUAUCGGGUCACUAGUUGAUAAUAAUAACAACUUGUCUUUACUCAUAUGACUCACUUCCUAAAUUCCAACUCCCUCCUCGAUCCUCUUCAAUCUGACUUUCGCCCCCUCCACACUACUGAGACUGCUCUUAUUAAAGUUACAAAUGACCUAAUCACAGCUAACUCCAAAGACCACUAUUCCAUACUAACUCUUCUUGACCUCUCUGCUGCCUUUGACACUGUUGAUCAUGGCCUCCUUCUCCUAAUACUUUAAUCUCUUGGUCUCUGUGACACAGCCCUUUCAUGGUUGUCCUCCUAUCUCUCCCAACGCUCCUUUAGUGUCUCUUUUUCCAAAGACACCUCCUCUCCUCCUGUCUCAGUCGGAGUCCAUCAAGGUUCAGUUCUUGGUUCCCUUUUGUUCUCUCUCUACACUGCCUUUCUUGGCAAACUCAUUAAUUCAUUUGGAUUCCACUACCACCUGUACACCGACGACACCCAGAUAUACCUCCACUGCCCUGACCUUUCCCUUGCUGUCCUACAGUGUGUCACCAAUUGCCUUUCUGCUGUCUCUGAUUGAAUGUCCUCCCCCUUUCUGAAACUCAAUCUCCCUAAAACUGAGUUUCUUAUUUUUCCCCUUCAUAACACUGAUCCUCCUCCUUCAAUCUCCCGGCAGGUUGACGGUACCUUCCUCACCUGAUCCUUUCAAACUCGCUGUCUUGGUGUCAUUUUUUUAUCCUGGCCUUACCUUUGUACCUCAUGUCCAGUCUGUUACUAAAACCUGUCGAUUUCAGCUUAACAAAAUUGCCUGCAUACGCCCCUUUCUUACGCGAGAUGCUGCAGAGGAGCUUGUUCAUGCUCUAGUAAUCUCUUGCAUGGAUUACUGGAAUUCCCUCCUAAUGGGUCUCCCCAGAAGCCGUAGUGCCCCCAUACAAUCUGUGAUGAAUGCUGUUGCCUGUCGCUCCUCUCACACCUCACCCCUCUGUCAAUCCUUACACUGGCUUCUUGUACCCUACAGUUGUCAAUUUAAAUUACUAACCCUUACCUAUAAAGGCCCUAACCAACUCUAGCCCCUCUUACAUUUCUUCACUGAUUCAUAGGUAUGCCCCCUCUCAGCCUCUCCGCUCUACUGGUGACUUUCUGUCUGCUGCUCGCACCCUUACAGAAAACAUUCACGCCUGCAAGACUUCUCACAGGCCUGCCUACCCCUGUCAGACUCUCCCCUAGUCUUCAAUCCUUUUGAGAAGUCCCUCAAAACCCAUCUUUUCAGGAUUGCUUAUGGCCUCCAAGAGUAACUUCUAUCUCUCAAACCUUCCUCUUGCUGUCUCCUAAAAGGCCACACUCCACUCUCCCCUCCAGUUCUGCUACUUUACCACCGUGUCUUUUUGCUGUCUCUCUCAAUACCCUUCCUAUUGUGUUUUUAUACCCCCCACCUCCACUAGACUGUAAGCUCGUUUGAGCAGGGUCCUCCAAUACCUUUUGUUCCUGUUACAUUUUGUUAUUGUCUCAUUUGGUAAAUUCCCCUCUUAUUGUAAAGCGCUGCGGAAUAAGCUGGCGCUAUAUAAAUAAUAACCAAUAAUAAUAAUACACUAGCAUUCGUUAUAAUUGUUUUAUUUCCUGUAAUAUUAUUAAUCUCAAUGAAGUUAUUAUAGGACAGGAGUGUCUCGGCGCUUACCUUCAGGGAUUAGUUUUAUAUUUUUUUUCAACAGUUUAACUCCAAAGUUGGUUCCCUUGCUAAUGGCUGCUGAGCCUCACCUCUGUACGCCGACUAUAGCUAUGAUUAAGAAGGUUCACUGGGUAGUUGAUAAAUGAUUGAUUGAAUUACUGUCUGCCCCUGGCAGAAAUGAUGGUGAUAGUACACUUCCACUAUAAUAACUCCAUUGAGAUCACUUUGUUAUGGGAGUGGCAGUGUUUAUUUUAAGCACACUUUUUUGAAACCUGUAACUGUAAGUAAUUGGAAAUCUACUUUUGUAUAUAUGUAUAUUGUAAUAUACAAAAUAAUGUUGAUGUAUUAUAGUUUCUAAAUUGUUUUUUUUUUUUUUAUCUAUAAUCUUAGCAGGCAAAUUAAACGGUCCCUCUAAGCACAGUUAUUAUCACAGCUCAUUGUAGUGGUUAUGGUACUAGGAGUCUAUAAACAUCGUUGCCUGGUCAAACCAUUUUGGAGCUCUUAAAAUCUGACUAUACCCUAUUAAACAUUUUCCGCAAACCUGUCCCACUUUUGCCUGGGGGGGAAGGCAGGCUAGUAAUGUGAUUGCGUCACAGCGGGAUGGACUGGCCCAUAGGAUUGGCGGGUCAUCCUGGUGUGAAUGCACUCCAGGCUAUUUGUCCAUCAUCCUGGCGAGCCCAUUGAGGGCAAACCCAGAAGGGACCACUGAUUUAGUGCUCUCUACAGAGUCCGAGUCUCCUGAACAUAGCAUGAGCAUGUCUAAUGAUGUACUUGCGCUGUGCUUGAUGAAGACAGUUCCCUAGUGUUCCUUUUCCCCUCUCCCACCGCCCGCCUCCUUUGGGUGAGAACAUCAAUGCUGGCUCCGUAGAGAAGCAUUGGGAUGCUAGUGCCGAUGCAUGUUAAUAGCAUGUCCCGCGCCAAUCUGCAUGUCCUCAUAGAAAUUUGUUGUCCAAGAGGUGGCCCUAAUUAGUGUCAGGCAGGAGUGGAAGAAAAGGCAUUGUUUAUAUAUCGUUCAGCCUUCAAAGACAGGCUUUUUGUCUCGUAAUCACUACAUGUGUGGUGUUUCUGGCACUUAGUGUCCCUUUAAAGAUUUAGUGACUGACAUCACCUGUUUUGCUUCUACUCUUCCACGUACUAUGUUCAAUAAGAAAAAGUGGCAGAGCUUACCACAAUGACUGACGGGGUGCCAAGAUGGCGGUUAGAACCUAACACAGUAGUUUGGAUUUUAACAUUUAAUUUAAUUUUCCAGACCUCACAAAGGCAUGUAUUUUUUAAAUAUAGGGGAUACGUAAACAUUACUGUAAAAAUCACUGAUGCUUGUAAGGGCCAAUCUUUGCAUGCUGGAAUGUUCCGCACUCGUUUCCUUUCCUAAUCUUGAGAAGGGUUUGACUUGUCUGUAGUUAAAGUUACAGCUUUGGAACACAUGUUGACUUGUAAUGUUAGAACAAGCAGCACGCACACAUAUUUCUGAAUAACAGCGUCCUAUAAGAGUUUGUUCUUCAAAGAGUAUUGAAAACAGAAUUGCAAGCUUUAGGCCUCAGUAGGCUCUUUGGAAAAAUAAAUAAUCAGUUAAAUGGUUUUUCUUCCAAUCUGUCUGUUUCAACCUAAACUUGUUUGCAACUUGUUUUUUUCAAUUUUCUUAAACUCACAGCUUUCCGAAUAAACUCCGAAAGUCAUUAUAAGGAUGAGUUUCUCUUAACCCUUUUAGCACUGGAGCAUUGACCAAUACAUUAUACAACAUAAAAUGUAAAUAUGUUAUGAAAAAGGUCGCUGUUUUGUGUAUGGUGGUUAAAUACAGUAUAAACAAGGUACAUUCAUCAAAUUGUGCAUAAAGUAAUAAUACAGAUAACUACGUCAUUGAUAAUGCAUAUGGGCAUUUACAAAUGGCAGUUAAUUUUUUAAAGUUCCAAUUAGAAUGUAUACAAGAAAAUGCUAUCAUGCAAUAGGAUUCAAUAUCAGUACACCUGACUGUACGCCAUUGUCAGAAUGGUGGAUAUGUAAAUGCAGUAAGAUAUUGAUGGUUAUAUUUCAUGUUUUUUAUAUGUAAAUAAGGCGCAGACUCGUGGACAUCUUUACCAUGCUACGGGACUCUUUAUUUGUGUUGGGACCUUUUUUUCAUAUUUAAAAGGGCACUCUGAUGACCAUAACAACUACAUGCAUAUUCAGUGGUUAUGGUACCACGAAACACUUUGCGCCAUUUCUCGAAUAUGGGUCAAGCCAUUAUCAAGUACUUUGUCACAAAUUGAGGAUCACCUAAAUGCCUGUUGCUGGCCCCUUGCUUGGCAAUUUGCUAUUGCAGGAAGAAUUUGUCCACAUAUGGACGUCAUUCAUUGCUCGAGCACGUCAGCUGAAUAUCAUCCAAUUACGGAUUGAAUUGAUUAGCAAAUGCAAGUGUUACACCCGCAACAUGCUGAAAGAGUGGCCAGGCAGCAGACGCUGGGGGCAUCCUUGAUUUAUUUUCAAAUCAUGACAUUCCGUUUACAACACAAAGCGCAUUUUUUUAAAUUUAUUUUUUGUGAGGUUUAAUCAAAUAAGGAGACACAGCUCUUAUCAAAGAUGAGCUAUUUAAUUUACAUACCCUGAUGGAUUAAACAUUGCUGUCAAGAAAGUGACGAGAGACGUGAAACGCCUUCACUGUGAUCUAUUUAAAGUCCUUUUCUCCGUGCGUUUUGCAUACCGAUAUAGACGUAAUUAUAGUUUAGUUUUGCAGCUGAGAAAAUAAAAUAAAUGAAGUCAUGCGAUUUGUUCUCUAUUCCACAAUGAGGUUUGCGUUUGAUAAUGCUAAUUGGUAUUUCUUGAUUCAAAUUCCAAAUCUUUUGGCGCAUGAAACGUAUGUACAAACACAGACUAUUUUUUCUUUUUAUUGAGUGACGUCUUUUUUGGUUUCAAGAGAACAUGUAUUCACACCUUCAGAUCUAGUUAGGCAGCGAAAGAAGACAGUUGGAUUAUAUAGAUUUUACUGUGAAAUUUCUACAUCAUUAGAAGGAUUAAAAAUGUUAAAGUGGGGAUAAUUAGAUCAAUUAAGCGUUCCGUUUCCUACUUCACUAACUUUUACAAUUAAAUAAACGCAAACAACGCUUGUUGACCCUUGAAUGUACAUUUAACCCUUGAAUGCACUGGCAACCUUUUAAAUCUGAAAUAUUACUAGCCGUAUAUUUUUCUGGAUGUAGAUGUGAAAUAUCCAGUUGACGACUUCUAAGAAUAUAAGGGACAAAGAGCAAUAUUUUAUCAAAUGUUUUUGUGUAAAUACUUUGCAAAUAUGUUUCAGUGUUUUAUUUGGUAAAAGUUUAAAAAAAAUGCAGGUUCUAAUUUUUUUUUUUAUUGAAAUCACAUAAAG